GGAAGUACUACCUUGCAUCGCCGUUAUGCUAGAUACCUUUUAGGCUAUGAUGCUAGCAAAUGUUCUGUGCUUGUGCUGUAUUUUACGAUGGAUGUUUGCCAAAUAUCGUCACUAAUGCCAAACUUAAUAAAAAAAUAAUUAGUCGAUUAGCCACGCGCUGCAUCCAUGGCUCCGUGCUAGGUGCUAACCCGCUUGCUAACGGUUUGUCAGCCUCGUUAGUUGUCCUGCUGUGUGUUAGCCUAUUUCUACAAUUAAAAUGGAAACAAAUGUACCAAAGAGACGAGACAACAAGAAACCGCUCCGGGUGAAAGUAAUAAGCCUCGGUAAUGCCGAAGUUGGUAAGAGUUGCAUCAUUAAACGUUACUGUGAGAAGAGGUUUGUUCCCAAAUAUUUGGCCACUAUUGGGAUUGACUAUGGUGUCACCAAGGUGCAGGUUCGCGACAGAGAAAUCAAAGUGAACAUCUUUGACAUGGCCGGACAUCCUUUCUUCUAUGAAGUGCGCAAUGAGUUCUACAAGGACAGUCAGGGCGUGCUGCUGGUAUAUGAUGUCGGCCUCCGGGACAGUUUUGAUGCCCUGGACAGCUGGCUGGGAGAGAUGAAACAGGAAAUGGGCUCUCAGGCCAACAUGGACAGCAUUGUGUUUGUGGUCUGCGCCAACAAGGUGGACCUGAUGAAACGGCGAGUGGUGGACGAAGGAGAGGGCCGUCUGUGGGCGGAGUCUCGGGGGUUUCAUUACUUUGAGACAUCUGCACAAAGCGGAGAGGGUAUCAACGAGAUGUUCCAGGCCUUCUUCUCCUCCAUCACUGAUAUGUGUGAAAACGGCGGGAAGCGUCCUGUGUCAGAUGUCAGCGUUGGCUUCACCAAAGAGCAAGCAGACACUAUCCGACGUAUCAGAAACAGUAAGGACUCCUGGGACAUGCUGGGGGUCAAACCUGGUGCCACACGGGAGGAGGUCAACAAGGCCUACAGGAAACUGGCGGUACUUCUCCACCCAGACAAAUGUGUGGCCCCUGGAAGCGAAGACGCCUUCAAGGCAGUGGUGAAUGCGCGCACCUCACUGCUGAAGAAUAUAAAAUAACGCAGGCACACCUGACACAUCAAGGUUCACAUGUAUGUAUGUAUUUAUUUAUUUAUUAGCACUUUUCACAAUUUAACCUCUUUUGUGCCAAGUUACACUGAAUGCUUGUGCAUGUGUGUGCACAAGAACUUCCAUUAAUAAUUCAAAUAAGCUCAAAUUUAGGUUAAAUACUGUUUUUAAGGGCAUAGAGUGAGGGAAAAUGUUUGGGGUUUUUUAAGUCAUUUGUUUUUUUUUUCUGCGUUCUUCAUGUGUACGUGAGCAUGUUGCCGGCAGUUGUCAGCAGAGCAGAAGGUCAAAGGUUAGUAUUAAAGAUGACUCUGAAUUUAAAGUCAAUAAGAUUACAAUUAAAGGUCAUAUAUAUUUAUGUGACAUUGUUUUUUUAUUGAGGUGUUUUGAGGUUAAAUGCCUUACCUCUUAAUACAGUAUGUUAAAAUUGCCAGUUGAAUGCAAAUAUAUCAGUUUGUCAUCUUAAUCAUGCAUAUUUGUGUUUAAAUUGACCUCCUACCGAUAGUGUUGUCUUUGCUUGUUGUCCUUUAACAUGUUUGUAAGGAAACGCCAGAUGUGAGCUGCACAAGUGUAGUAAUAUUUUCUAUUUUUACAAAUGUGCAUCUACAGGAAUUAACCUGUGAUUAUUUGUAAAAAGGCUAUCCAUUUGUAUGCAUUUUUUUGGAACUUCCAUAUUUGUGUGUUGCAUGUUUACAAGAUGAAUAAAAGAGAACUGAUGAGCCUGGUAAA